ACUGGACAUCGUUUUGGCACACGCUGGGGACAGGUUCCGUCGGAUGCGUAGGUUUGUCGCCGCGAUACUGUGAAGGUUUAAACAACCCUCAUCUUACUUUUAAAUGCGGUGCAGAGUACUUCAUACGCAUCUUCAGCCAAAAUUAGCUGAGGCUUAUCAGCCUCUGCAGAUGUCACAAGCUAAGCACGUAAUCCUUAACAUUCUUGACGAUCCACACAACUUUCAGGACCAUGUGGCAGUUUAUGCUGCAACGACGAUCAUGAAAGUUUCAUAUGGGAAGACCACGCCAACGUCAGCAACUGAUCCUGAAAUUGGAGAGGCCCGCCAGCUCAUCAAGAGAUUUCGUACAAUAUUGCGCCAUGGUAAUUACUUGGUGGACUCGAUACCGUGGCUCAGAUACCUUCCUUGGUAUGCGCCAGAAUUAAAGGACCAGUUUGAGAGAACCAGGCGACUCUACACAAACCAGCUGAACCGUGUGAAACUGCGCAUGCAGAGCAACGAGGACAUCGGCCCUUCGUUUGCAAAACAUAUGUAGAAAAUGGGCAUCUCUAUGGCUUGACAGAGAUCGAGAUGGCGUAUCUUACUGGAGCGUUAUUUGGAGCCGGAACCGACACGACCGCCGUGGCGAUAUGCACGGUGCUAAUGGCAGCCGCACAUUUCCCUGAAGAG